UUUGAAGUAGAGCAUAUGGGAUUGAAUCUUUGUUCAUUUUUUCAGAUUGAAUUGCGGUAUGCUGCACAAACUGAUGCUCUUCAACCCCCUCAUGAGUUUGUUCCUUGGGUGGUUGUUAAUGGGAAACCUCUCUAUGAUGACUAUAAAAACUUUGAAGCCUACAUUUGCAAAGCUUAUGAUGGCGAGCUUCCAAAAGCAUGUGAAGGAAUUCUCCUUGAAAUUCCCCAAGAAAAGAUAGGAAACAAAGAAAGCCAAGCUUGCCGUAAGAAUGAAAUGAUCCGUUCGUCUCCAAUCGCAAAAGAUCAUGAAGCGAAGAUAAAUAUGUUGAUCUAGACAAAGGGGUCUUUGUUUAGUUCCCUGAUUCAACAAUUUUCAGUAUCUAAUAAUGUUUCGGGAAUUAUGUUUUGUACAUUAAUCAAAUAUGGCAUGGUUGUAAUCAGGACCAUAGUGAGCAGUUGGAAGGAAAAUCUUCUUUAUGAUUUGUUAAGUUU